AUGGCGGGUCAGCCUAACUCAGACGCUUUGCUUGGGCCAUCCGAAUUUCAUGCGGCCUUGGUCGCUGCCGAGAGGCCGCUUGUUCUGGAUGCUCAGUCUCUUCUCAUCAAGGACUUGUCUUGGCACAUAAAGGUGGGCGAGGCGUCUCGAAAGACUCCUCUUCUCCCCUGGGAGACGGGUCCCCUUUCUUGGAUCUUUGGUAGGCCACUCAAGAGGCCGCGUCUGGAGCUACCUCGGGACCUGUCCCCCGAUUCAGGAUCUGCUGUUGAUGCGGGGGUGCCUCUGGUGCAUCCACAGCCGGUGCCCAACUUUGCAAGGGAGCGUCUUAGGAUUGCAGCUCUCCUGGCUACAGACGACAGUUCUCGCUGGGAAGCUCUGAGGAAGUUCAGGACGCUGGUUUUGCUUGACCCGGCGCUGUCUCAGGUGGGGCAGUCACUUGCGGCUGAGGCUUUGAUUCUGCGAGACGGCGAUCAGAUGAGGCGAACUUUCUUGGAUGUCUUCCAUGGCAAGAGUACAGCUACCUUAGUGAAGAGAGCCUCGUCGCUUUGGAGGUUUGCCAACUUUUGUUUUGACAAUGGUCUGGGAAAUCCGCUCGGGGCUGGCGAGAAGGUUCUGUACCGAUACAUGUCGCACCUCGAGGAACAUGGCAAGCCGACAUCCGCCUCGGCUUUCCUUCAGGCCUGGAACUUCGCUGUCCACACUUUGAAGCUCUGUAGCCCGGACGCUUUGGGGGCCUUGUCUGCUAGAGUGAAGGGUGCUGCGCAGCGCAUGUACUCCUUGAAGAGGAAGCUUGUUCAGGCAGUACCUUUGACAGUGAAGCAGGUGAAAGGCCUGGAGUACGUGGUCCUGAAGUCCCCGUACCCCCAUUGGCGAAUCAUUGCGGGUCACCUCUUGAUGUGCAUAGGGUCUAGCUGCCGAUUCGCCGAUUCCUUGCAGCUGACCAGCCUCAAGGUCAGCACUGCUCAGGGUGUUACCCUGGUUGAGGCAGAGAGCUCGAAGUGGAAGACGGCUUCGAGGAAGGACCAGCUCCUUCCUUUGGCCUCCUUGGGAAAGUUCUUCGCUGAGGAGUCGUGGGGAGAAGUUUGGGCUAAGGAGCGCGAGGCUGCUGGUCUUGGCCUCGGCCCGGUGACUGGUGAGUGGCUUAACCGUCCUAUGUCCACGGGGGAGGUAGUUCAUCUCGUGGUGGAAAAGAUCAGGAAAGGAGCCUUCAAGCCGGAUGCCUCGAAGGUCUGGCGCCUCGCGAAGCUGAUUGAGUCUGGUGGCACGGAGCUGCUUAUUGAACAGACUGUGCAAGGCGAUCCCUCUAUGGAGGAGUCCGAUGACGAGGAAGGCGACUUCGGCGACGGGGACAUGGCCGCUGGAGGAGCGUGCGCCUCGAUGGAGCGAUUGAGUGCAGCUGAGCUGGACAUUGCUAAAGAUAGUCGGAUGCAUGUCUACUCGAGGGUGGUGCACAUCCUGAAAGGAUCCAAGUUCCUAUGUGGGAGGAACCUCUCUCCAAACUAUGAGGCCAUCGAUCCGGAUGUUCCCCUCCGAGACUUGCCGGUAUGCGCUCAGUGCUCGCAGAAGUACCAGCAGUGA